CAGUGUGUUUGGGUUGGCAACCCUUAUUGUUGAUGAUUAUUGAAAGCAUGGUGCCUGUCGUCGCACGAGCUGAAAAUUUCUUGGACCAGUCUUUCUAAUUUUUCCGACUUCUUGACGUUAUUUUACUGCUAAUUAACUACAUAUCACAGUUUUCAACAAAAUAUUGAAAGACUCGUUUAAGUGUUUGACCAGCAACAGCGCGCUUUAAGCAUCGCUUUCUGCAUAACCAACUCGCGUGAAACCGGAUAUAGAAUAAAUGCCACUCGACGAGGGUGAACCGAACGAAAACAACCUGGGGAAUAUCAUCAACCCUGUGAUGUUGAUCAGCGAUGAUGAAAUGGAUCUAGAUAGUAAUGCCGGUGGUGAUGAUGCGAUAGCAGUCGAAGAUGAUCAUGGUGAAUACAGAGACGACAACGGCGACAUAGUAAACAACCCAGCUAGUGAUUUGAACCACUUGAUAAGACGAUGGGAGAUUGAUCACUCGGCCAAUGGAUAUGACCCUGAGCCCAUCAUCACAAUGAUUGCUGAGUUGAUCGAAAAGCAGGUUGAAGCUUUUCAAAAGAUGGACCCGGAUCCAUUUGACGAGAGACCAACGUCCAAAAUGAAGAGCGAUCUCAAUACUUCCUAUAAAAUUCUGUUCAGGAAAGAAAAUCUAAUCACCAAGGUGGUCAACGACUAUGUGAGGGAAACUUAUUGGAGUAACCUGAACAUGGGAACUAGAAAUGACCAGAGAACAUUUAGACUGAAUGUUGCGGCUUGCCGGCUGCUCUUGGGCAUAAUGCCAGGGCUUCAGUUUGACUUUCUUUUCAAGCCCGAAGCCAUGUCUCCGGUGCCAACUUUCAUCAAAUGGGCUGAGAAGGCUGACGAACCGCUAAGAACUUACGCAACCGGCCUCUUGGGGAUAUCCAUGCACUUGGCAGAUAUUGCUGGCACCCAUCGGGAAGAAAACUCGAGACUAGUUCCUAUAAUGAUAAGCAGGUUGAGAUCGUUGCAAGAAGAAUAUUUGAACAGUCUCAAGCCGAAAGAGGAGUCGGUUUGCACGCAGAGACCAUUUGCCAACCUAGGUGUUCCUAAGGGCGACGAAGACAAAGGUGUUCAAGAAGAAGCGACGAAAGAGAAUGGAACUUUGUCUCCCUCGCUGCUGUCUUCUCCUCACUUCAAUGACGUUCCUUCGCCUUCAGCCACGCCCCCUACCACCCCAAGCAAACCGAUAGAGCUCGAGUUAGGGGUGCUCCCUCUGCAAGACACUCCUCUGCCCAAAUCUUCAUGCUUGCGCGUCACCCCUGCUCGGGUUGUCGGCUCUAGACAGAGUUCCGAAGGUUUAUUUGGAGCUGGCCGCAGUGUUCCAUCAACUUCGGGCGCGGUGAACGAGUGCAGCAACUCGUCCUGGGCCGAGAUGGAGUCUUUCGUCAUUGGCUCUUUCCAAAUGCACCCGCCAAACUUAAUUACAAAGCAGAUCCUGAUUCUGCGCUACUUAACCCCAGUUGGGGAGUAUAUGGAGUACGUCGCACAUGCAUACGAACAUAAUGCGCUGGAGAUGGUGAUGAAAUACGUCAACCUGAAGGAGCAUCAAAACGCCAGACUGGCUUUCGAGGCGUUAAAAUACCUGGGUUCUUUGCUUUGUCACAAGAAAUUUGCCACUGAAUUCACCAACUCGCAAAAGCUUUACUACAUGAAGGCAUUAAUGGAGAUUCGAAGGCCAAGUCUGGCUUCCUGUGGCGUGGCUCUGUGCCUUUACCAUUUAGCAUACUGCGAAGAAAUUAUGGAAAGGGUGUGUCUCCUGCCAGCCGCCAUGGUUAAAAAUAUCGUCAAGUAUGCAUUGUGGCUGCUGGAGUGCUCACACCAAUCAAGUCGGUGCCAUGCUGUAAUGUUCUUUUACCUCGCCUUCCCGUUCCAAACUAUUCUGGAGGAAUUCGACAGGCAAGAUGGUCUUCGCAAAGUCUUCAAUGUUGUUAGCACAAUGGAUCUGCUGAACAAAAAUGACGGAAUCAAUGAUGACGAUGAUGAAAAACACGCCGCAAGACAAACUAUCAGACACGUGUUUGGCUGUUUGAAGCGCUACUUUGAAACGCACCUUGUUUUGCGUUCGCGUCAGCUGCGAAGAAACAAUGUCCCUGGUCUUCCCGGAACAGCCAUCAGGUCUAACACUUCAGUAUUGAAACCCAUCAGACCAACCGUGGAGGAAACCCAAGAGUGCAUUAAGGCGUUGAUGGCCGCAAUGCACAUCCACACUAAAUGGUCGCCGGUCGAAAAUUUUAUGGAGCUAGGCGGUGUCACACUUCUGCUCAAAGUCCUUGGCUAUACUUACGAAUGGAACUUUUCUGGACGAGGGGAAAUGGUGAGAAACGCCCUGGACGUGCUGGCUGUCUGCACCGUCUGCGCCAAAGCACGAUUACUGCUUUGCGAGAAAGUGAUGCUGCCGGAAGACUCGUUGGCGCCAAUGGGCAUGAAACUCAUUCUUGGAGCCGCUGAAGGAGAGAUUGUCAAGGACGCUGACGUCCAGAGAGCAGCCCUCUACGUCAUUUGCAAUUGCGUUUGUGCACCAAUGCACCGCGUCGGCAACUAUCAAAAAGUCAGCUCUAGAAGAACGCAACUGAAUGAGGCCAGCGAGGACGUGCUUACGAAAAUGUGGGAAUCGGUCCGUACAAAUAACGGAAUAAUGGUGCUUCUAGAGUUGCUGUCAGGGAAGGGACGCCUCACUGAUGCAGACUCCCUGAGAAUGCUUGCCGGCCAGGCUCUGGCUGGUCUUGCUAGAAGCGACACCAUCAAGCAAAUCAUCAGCAACCUCCCACUGCUCACCAGUGGACAGCUUCAAAUACUAAUGAAAGACCCGAUUCUCCAAGACAGGAGACAGGAGCACGUUCUUUUCCAAAAAUACGCCCUUCUGCUCUUAGAAAGGGUCUCUGGAAGUUCAAACUGUAAUGAACUCUCCGCGUCUGUGGCCAAUCUCCACAAAGCCAGUGUUGUCGCGCAAACUAGAAUAGAGUACAACCGGCAAGAGCUGAACCAACUGAUAUACCAAGACUUGGUGAAACAGGGCCUUACCAAGACGGCAAACAUGCUUCUGGCAGAGGCCAAAUUGCCUGAUCCGUCCAUCUCCACGCCUACCACUUCUAGACUUGCUCCAGCCAGUGUUUUGACGCCAUCAAGCUCUCACCGACAGUCAAGCGGCACUCCAUCAUGGACAAGACAAACUCAAACCUCGCCAGUGACACCGAAACAACUGCAAAUCGACGUCAAAGAGGGAGAGCAGAUCACACCUUUUAAAUUAUCACUGCAGUCAACCAGAAAAGAGCACAUGACGUUUGGAACAAUGUCCAAGGCAGAUGUACCAGAGCAGACCCUGGAACCCCCGAGUUUGACCUUGGGCGGCAUAAUUACCGAAUACCUGAAAAACCAACACGCACUCUGCAAACAUCCUGUCGCCACGUGUCCACGAUUCGACUUAUACAAGCCCCACAGGUGUCCCGAACCCCACGAUAGGACAAAGUUUGACCAUAAUUAUGCGGUGCGGUAUACAAAAAAGGCGCUUUGGCCUCCCUUUGGAGGUUCUGACGGUGCUAGGCUGAACAGGAAACUCAUCCACUCGAAAUUCUGCCAGACUAAAUACUUCAAGCCAGGAAACGACGAGAGCUUCUACACGUCUGUUGCAUUUUCACACAGCAACACAACACUCUUCAUUGGAACCUUCGAAGGAGAUGUUAGACCUGUCAACCUGAUUCUAGGAGCUGAAGAAGAAAUGCUUGUGCAGUGCCAUGAGAGCUACAUCUCCCGCAUUGAGCUGAGUCCGUCUGAUCAACUGAUGCUCACCUCUUGCACCUGGCACCGACCGCUCUCUUGCAUGUUCAAGUAUGACGUCAACAGUUGGAGCAAAGUGUAUUCAUUCAGCGAGGAUAGCCACGUCGAGUUCAGCAGGACUGCUCCUUACAAUCAAAUAAUCGGCACUAAAAUGGAGACGGCAAGGAUUUACGACGCGGAAACAGGCAAAAAGGUCCUGACCCUGAAUCCAACCAUGUCGAACAACUACACCAAAAACCGAGCCACAUUUUCUCCUACAGACGAGCUGGUCUUGUCGGACGGUGUUUUGUGGGACGUUUCCUCUGGCAAGUCGAUCCACAAGUUCGACAAACUCAACCAAGCCCUCUCAGGCGUCUUCCACCCCAAUGGACUCGAGAUUCUUUCCAACACUGAGGUUUGGGACCUGCGCACUUUCCAUUUGUUGAGAACACUGCCAGCUCUGGACAAGUGCGACCUGCAUUUCACCAAGACCGGAGAUGUCCUUUACAGCGUCAGUUUUGAAAUUGAGAGUGAAGAUGAGGUCACCUAUGAGUCUUCAUACAACACAAUGGACGCCACCAAUUACUCUAGCAUUGCCACCAUUGAUGUCAAGCGCAACAUUUACGACUUGGCUCUGGCCAACAACGGAUUCCAGCUGGCUCUAGUUGAGAACGUUGGGCAGUUUGAGUCGGUAAACGAGUCAUCUGUAAGAAUAUACGACAUUGGCCGUCACCGACACGAUGAGGAUGAGGAGGCUGUCGACGACGAGGAGCCCUUGGAUGAAGACAACAAUCAGUCCUCAUCUACCAUGUCUUCUGAUUCUGAUUCGAGUAGUGACGACAACAAUGAUGGCGAUGACAAUGACGAUAACGAUAAUGCCAUGAAUGCAGUCAGAGCAGGAAUGGCCGCCUUGGCGAACAUUAUGGACUUGGCCCGCAACUCAAAUGACAGCAAUAGUGGCUCCAAUUUAUGGAGCGAAAAUGAAUGGGAUACCGCCUCCUCGGUGACUGACUCGGAUGAUGAUGAUGACGACAGCACAAACGACACUAACCGCAGCUAAAAAUUUGAUGCUUUGUCCUUAAGAUCUUGGAAAAGACACAUGAAAGCUAGUUGUGCUGUUCAAUCUUGCAGAUCUUUUAAGAAUUAAUCAGCGAGAUGCGUUAUUUUGUAUGUGAUGUAUAUACAUUGUAUAAAGGUCUGUGAAUUGUA